AUGGAAGUGAAUGAGGUAGAUAUGGACUGUAAUCUGCCGUUAGUCCAACUUCCCCAAAGUGGAGAAAGAGUAAAUGUACCGCUUGUUCAGUCACGGAGUGAAGAUCAACGAUUGGUGACAAAUGCACGACAAACCGAUAAAAUCGACGCUGAUGACCUCGUAGCCCUUGCCAAUCAACUGAAUAGUGCCCGACAAUUAGUAAAAGGAAGAGCGUGUGAUCGACUGAAACAAAUCGCAGAUCAAAUGGAACAACUUCAUAUGGCAGCUCGAGCAGUCCUUGAAGAUGCUCAACGCGACGAGGAGCUUCAUAACGUACCGUGCAAUAUGCAGAAACAACCCGGCCGUAUUUAUCAUCUAUAUCAGAAACAAGGGAGCAUGGAUAAGUAUUUUUCAAUGCUGGCACCAAACGAAUGGGGAUAUCAAGAGAAGAAAGAAGAAUAUCUCGGAUCUUAUCGAUUGGAGUAUGACAGAAGUUGGACACCAGUCGGGGAGAUGGACAGAAAAGACGAAGAAGUUGCACGCCUUCAACAAAUUUUACAAAGAAACGCUGCUGCUGGUACAGGUCGACUCACCUGGGGAUCAUAA